GGGCACGAUUUUCGAAAGUCCGUUAAAGUGCGUUGUAUAGUAUGGUUCCUGUUUACAUAGAGGUGGCCAGCCCCUGUUGGAGAAGAGCUCUCCCGAACACGCCGUCUGUAGAGAGACAGGAAAUAACCAUAGGUGACCCUCACGGGUGGCAUCGUCACAUGCGGCGAAGAAACCAACACUUAAUUCAGCACCUUGGGAGGGCUGUUGUUUUUCCUUUUGUAUCCCGCCGGCCGAAGUUUUUAAUCUUAUUAUUGGCUGAUGCGCUGAUGGAAUAGGUGUGUUUAAAAAGAUAUUUCUGCUAUAAAUUCAGCCGAGAGUUGCCAACUAGUCCACUGCCUUUCGCCCGCUUGAUCCUUGUUAUCUUUCCAAGAGAAGAACUCUGCCACCAUGCCAUCCCAAUUGGAAGGAGCCAUGGAUUCGCUCAUCCAAGUCUUCCAUAAGUACUCCGGCAAGGAGGGGGACAAGUACAAGCUCAACAAAGGCGAACUCAAGGACCUUCUGCAACACGAGCUGCAACAUUUCUUGACGGCUCAGAAGGAUCCAUCACUAGUGGACAAUAUCAUGAAAGAUCUUGAUUCCAAUAGAGACAAUGAGGUGGAUUUCAAUGAAUUUGUUAUUUUAGUUGCUGCUCUAACUGUUGCCUGCAAUGACUUCUUUCAGGAGACACUUAGAAAAAAAUCACAGGCCAAAUAGAGCUUAAAAUAUAUUGAACAGGCAUCUUAGUAAAUUCCAUACUAAAAAUGAUAAUUUAGCCUGCCACUUUUCCCAUAUAGAAUUGCUGUAACUUCUAUUAUAUGUGUAUGCAUUUUGUAAGUAUAUAUAAUUUGCUUGAAAUGCAAUAAAAUUCCUAAAGAUGUUCAAAUGCUUUAGAUAAAAUUAUUUCUCACCAGUAUAUUGUCAAAGAACUCCCCUUGUUAAGUUUCAUGUAUAUUACUGUUUUCCCACACUGCCACCAGGAUGGACAAUCUGACCUGUUUUGAAAUAUAUUGCAGUGGCCAGAGUGAGUUGGCAGCUUUCAAAGCAGUUUGCAGUUUACUUACAAAAUAAAAAUAACAAGUAGGUUCAGGAAUAGGCUAUUUUGCCUCUUGUAACUGCUCUGCUAUUCAAUCAUACUGAGAUCAAAGGAUAAUAACUCAUAUCUCAGUUAGCAAUUGUGGUAAACUAUGUAUACCUGUCUGGACACGUCCCUGAGCUGACUGCUCCUGUGGCUCCUCCCACUGACCCCUGUAUAAAGGCGAUUGGGGCACUGCUCCUCCCUCAGUCUCCAGGAUGUCGUGCUCCCUUUUUCUGUUAAUAAAAACCUAUCAUUCA